AUGAAGAAGAACGAAUCACAGCACAGCCUCAGUAGAGGGGUUUCGAGAUCGGCUAGACUGCUCACGGACAGUUGCUCAUCUGAUGAGCCAGAAACGGAGAGGCUGCUUCAUUUGCAGCAGCCUCCCAUAGUGGUGGCGGCGAGCAGUGGUCGGCGUCAGUCUCUCACUGCGCCCCCAUCACCCGAUUAUAGGAAAAAGAGGGACAAUCGCCAUCACAAUUAUAUGAACCAUCUUCAUAAUUUCAUUCACUGGCGCGAUAUUUGGGGCGGAGAACCUCAUAAACCUAAUGAGUUGAUAUUCACAUUAUACACUCUACUGACUUUGGCUUUGUCUCUGUAG